UGACGUCUCUGGCACCAACCUCGUAUGCCCACCUGACUACUCCGCCUGUGGCACAACACAAUCUCCCAACGCAGCCUUUUGUGGCACAUGUCAAUCCUUCUGCAAGACUUGCUACCAAUCUGCAGCAGGAGGUGCGGGUACAGUGUCAUUGGGCGCCAUCAUUGGCAUUGUUGUUGCCGCUAUGGUCAUUCUCCUACUUCUUGGUGCAACUCUGCUUUACUUCACACACAAGAUCAAGCUGAAACCACAAG